UCAGGCAACAGCAAGUCGGUUUGCGCAGACAGUUGAGCCUGUGGCGUUGAGACCCCAGGCCAGUGUGGGCUUGGCAGUCCAGCCUGCCUUCCGACCAUGGUCACCUGCGCGUAGCCUUUGAGGAGCAUCCUUAGGGGAUGAUGGCACCUGCAAUCUUGCCUUCCGUGGGUGGGAAGGGACUAGGAGGUGGCUUUAAGACUGAGUGACUCCAGAGCAUCCGCAGCACCGCUCCUAGGGCAGCCCAGAUAGUGGCUGAGUCAUGAGUCUGUACAGCCUCCCCAGGACUGUGCUUGAAGUAGAAGGCUGCAGGACAGCUUUUGGGGAUGAGCAGGAUUGCUCUAGGUGUUGGAGGGCUGGGGUCUAAAGCAGGAAGUAGGUUAAGUGCCUACAUAAGCCUUUAUACUGGAAACAGAACCCACUUUGCAAUCACCUGGGCUGCAGAGGCUUGCUGGAGCUUCUUUCCGGAGGGAGCUAUGGAUUUGCUGCGGGAGCUGAAGAAUAUGCCUAUUACAUUGCACUUGCUCCAGUCCACCCGUGUUGGGAUGUCUGUCAAUGCUCUGCGCAAGCAGAGUUCAGACGAGGAGCUCAUUGCACUUGCCAAGUCCCUCAUCAAGUCCUGGAAGAAGCUCUUGGAUGUUUCUGAUGGCAAAUCCAGGAAUCAAGGGAGGGGCACACCUUUGCCUACAUCAUCCUCAAAGGAUGCCUCAAGGACUACAGAUCUCAGCUGCAAGAAGCCAGACCCACCUAGGACCCCAUCCACUCCGAGGAUCACUACAUUUCCCCAAGUGCCCAUCACCUGUGAUGCUGUACGAAACAAAUGCCGAGAGAUGCUGACUUUGGCCCUGCAAACUGACCACGACCACGUGGCCGUUGGUGUGAACUGUGAGCAUCUGUCAUCUCAGAUCGAGGAGUGCAUCUUCCUGGACGUGGGAAACACUGACAUGAAGUACAAGAACCGUGUGCGGAGCCGAAUCUCUAACCUGAAAGAUGCCAAGAACCCUGGCCUACGGCGGAAUGUGUUGUGUGGUGCCAUCACACCCCAGCAGAUAGCUGUGAUGACGUCAGAGGAGAUGGCCAGUGAUGAGCUGAAGGAGAUCCGAAAGGCCAUGACUAAGGAGGCCAUCCGUGAGCACCAGAUGGCCCGUACAGGUGGCACGCAGACCGACCUGUUUACCUGCAACAAGUGCAGGAAGAAGAACUGCACCUACACGCAGGUGCAGACCCGUAGCUCCGAUGAGCCCAUGACUACCUAUGUUGUCUGCAACGAGUGUGGGAAUCGAUGGAAGUUCUGCUGAGCCCUUCUGACGUAACCCUGGCCAUGGCUAACACUGUCCUUCCUUCAAUGUUCUUGGUGGACACAGCUUCUCUGGAGAUACCCUGAAGGUGGCACGCCCCGUUCCAGCCCACCUGGUGUGCACUUUUUGCCCUCUUUACCUCAUUAUUAAAUGUUUUCUUGCUCCUAAUGGGCUAAACACAAGGCUUCAGCUGGG